CGCGGAUGGAUCAGUCUAUGCGUUGUAAUUUAAUUUGUAAGUAGUAUUAGUAGUCAAAGUCGAUUUUUUGUAAAAUUUAGCAAUUUGACAGAUUAAAAUGCUUAUAUCUUAAGUUCUAUUAGACCUACAGAAAUUUCUUGACUAGUUCUAAAAAGGUAUUGAAAUAAACUAUAAUUUAAUAUAUAUCUCAAUUAUUUUCAAGGUCACCUCCAGAACACAAAAUGGUGGAUUUUUGUUUUACUAAAACAGUUUUUGGCAAUUUUUGCCCUCAAGGAAUGGUUUUAGAGGUUUCUGAUGUUCUAGAAAGUUGUAGAGUUUUGCAAAAGCUUUAAUUUGAUACUAAGAUGAGCAAAAUCGGUCAAGCAGUUCAGGAGAUAUGGCUCAUAGAACUUUUCAAAUUCAAGAAUUUUUCAAAUGACUAUAUCUUCUAAACGGCGACAUAGAUUUUCUUCAUUUUUGGACUGAUGAAAGAUUAUUAGUCAUGCUACAACAUAUCAAAAAUUUAAGGAAAUCGAUGAUGAGGAUUCGGAGAUAUUGCCUCUUAAAGUUAGGCAAUUUUUGUUUUUGUAUUUAGCGCCUCUUGCGGAUAUUUUUGGAACUUGAAAUGUUCUAGACAGUUGUAGGGCUUCGCAAUACCUUUCAUUUGAUACCAAGAUGGUUAAAAUCGGUCAAGCCGUUCUCGAGAUAUAUCGAAAAAACACUUUUUGCUUUAGGCCGCCAUAUUUGCUAAACCGCUUGACUGAUCGUCAAGUAUGAAUUGUUGAUGAAAACGUCUCACUGAGCACUAAAACAUACUAAAAUUUCAGACCUCUAACUAUAAGGGAAGUGGUUAACGGUAUUUCAAAAUGGCGGACGGCGGCCAUCUUGGAUUUUGAAAAUGCGAAAAAAUGAAAUUUUACACCCACAUUUCUAUAGAAAACCUCAAACCGGAAGUCUCUAUCUACUGCCGUUCUCGAGCUAUAAGACAAAGUAUAGCGCACCGGCCGGCCGGCGGGCCGGCCGGAUCAAAAAUUUUCCACCACCAUUUUCGUAAUGUGGGAUGUCUAAAACGUGCUCAUACCAAGUUUGAGCCCGAUCUGAGGUGGUCGGUUUUUCGGACGAUUACAAUACUUGGUAUGCCACGAUUGUGGUAUACCAACUAAUUCAGUUUUUAGUCCCCCGUUCCUCUCACAACUAACCUUUUUAUAAGAGAAAAAAUGCUUUAAAAAUGUAUAGAAAUAUAAAUAUAUAAUUUGCAUAAAAAAAACAAUGAGGUUUGGUUCAACUUCUUGUUCUUUAAUGAGUUUUUAAAUUAAAUUUUAUUUUGAAAUUAAAGAGCGUAAGACUAGUUAAAAUUCAAGCUCACAAAUGAGUCUUUUUUUGCUCUUAUCAAGCAUAUUGAUUUUUCAUUAGCAAACCCUUAUUCUGCGAUGAACUGCUUAUUUUGUUAGUUAAUUACAUUUUGUUGAAUGACACAAUGUGUGGGAGAUGGGGAAAGAUUGAAAAUUCCAAAAUCAUCUUCAUCACACGUGAUUUACAAAUGUUACCAUAUAUAUUUACUUGAUAGCAGCUUUUCAGUUCGCAGGUGUUGACGGUUUUGUUUAUGAAUUAAAUGAAAGAAGAGGUGCUUUGACGGGGAUUGAGAGGGGGUGGUUAUUUAAAAUAAAUUGCUAUUCCACGCGUGAAAAAUUAUAAUUUUCCACCCUAUGCGGUUAUGUAGCGUUGCUUGUACGUAAUGUGAACACGAGUCCUUCCAAAUAGGAAUAUGCUUUAUUCCUCCCUGGGAUAAGGAUAUUGAUUGAAUAAUGCGUAAACAUAAAUUGUAAAGAUAACAUUAAUGAACAUAAUGAGCAUAAAAGGGGGGUGAAGAAAUAAUUAGAGCGUUCGAAAGGUAAACCUUGUGAUGUAUUUUUAUAAUCAUAAAAAGAAUUUUCUCAAUUUGAGAAUAAAAUAAUUCUUUAAAAAUAUAUAUCAUCAGAAAAAGCUUUCCAUCAAAGGAAGUUUAUGUAAUUUCAUCCCAUGACUAUGUCUCAAAUUUUUAAAUAUUGUAGGACCCCACACCCUCUUUAAAAUAUAUAGUUUUUUUUUAAGAAUAAUAAAAGUAACACAAUGUAGAGAAUUUGAUAAAUCAAUGAAGAAUAUGUUUUGACAUAUAAAUAAGGAACAAAGAAGAGUGCUCCAUUUUCUGCCAAAUACAAACACUGAAAAUUAAUAUUUCCCGCCACUUCAUCACAGUUUACAAAACAAAAAAAAAUCACUCAAGAAAAAAUCUCAUAGAUAUUCAAGAAAAAUUCUUUUCAUUCUCUCUUCCUUUGUCUAUUUGUCAGUCCUUUUGCCGCUAGAGACAGUUCAUAAAAAAAAGAGAGAGAACUUUCGCCACGAUGACAAGUGAAGGAGAAAUGAAAUUUCAUCCAAACUUUCUUGACACUUGCUCAUUUUUUUUCUCUAUCCCUCUUUGGGUUUUCGUAAGUUAGAAGCAUACUUUAGGAAUGGUUUGUUCCCAUUGUCGUUGUCACAAUGAGCCUAGUGAGACUUAUUUAACAUAAUUAGCAUCACUCUCUGAAAGCUCGUCAUAAGGAGGUAUAUGUAUGUACAUUGAAUUAAAAUUGUGGUGUUACAAAGUAAGACGGUGUGCAUUUUUUUUAUUAAACAAGCACUCUCAAAUUCUGCAACAUACAAAAGGUUAAAAGUUUUAAAAAGUUGGAGAAAUUGUGGGAAGGAAAAAAGGGAGAAAAAUCUCACAUUAAGUUGUUUUUGGUUAUCUCAUUAAACGUUAAGUAAAUUAUCCACCAAGUUAUUCGUUGAAAGUGGAAAAUACGAAAGAUCUUUUUUCUUAAAUUCUUUAAUGAAAAUAAAUAAAUUGAUGUGUCCCAACCCAAUCUAUAUAAACGCAUGUAAUUGCAUUCAAUAAACCAGUCUACUCUCAACCCUCAAAGUGUUCAUAUACUUUAUUGGCGACGAAGCGGAUAACGGCAGAGUGAAAAAAUUGAAAGUGUGGCCGACCGCGUGUGCAUGGAAAAAAGUGAUUUUGCACGAAAAGUGAACGAAAAUUAGCCAAAGAUGGACUCAUACCAGGAUAAGAAAGCAUCAGAAGUGGGCAAGAAAUUGCUGAGAGACGUCCCAAGAAAUCUAAAGAAGCGAAAUGUGCUUCAGGAGAGAUUUAAGUUCAACACACGACUCCAAGAAGAAGGGGAAACCGCGGAAGAGUUUGCCAAAGAUCUUCAAAUAUUGGCACAGUCGUGCGCAUAUGGGAAAUUCCUCGAAGAGAAGCUACGGGACAACUUUGUCUACGGUCUACGAAGUGCACGGAUAAAGAUCAAUCUUAUUUCCGUGCUUAUUGCCGAAGAUGAAGCCACAUUCGAACAUGUGCGGAGAACAGCACGUGGGAUGGAGCUAAACGAGGAGAAAGAGAAAAUGAUGCAUCCGGAAAACCUUAAAACCAUCGCGAAGAUUGUCCACGGAAAGCAGAAGCAGCCAGAUGAAGAGGGAAAAGUAGGAAAAUCCUACAUAAAGUGUUCCAACGGUAUCAAGGAGGAACCACACGUGGCAGCUGAGGGCAAAGUGGCGACGGAAUCGUUCAGAAGGGAAUCUCCGAAGAAGAAAGAAGAGAAAGAGCGUGACAUCUACAGCAAUUCCGACGGAGAAGAAGACAACGAAGAUCGUCAAGAUGAAGGAAUAAACUCAUUGCGAUUAGGAUCAAUUCUUAAGGAAGGAAAAUUGCGCAACCAUACACCAAAUGAGGUGGAGCGAGAGGGCUCGGUAAGUGAUCCAGUUUAUAUUGAGGUAAGUAUGGGUAAGUAUAAAAUCAAAAUGGAAAUUGAUUGCGGUGCUCAUACAUCAGUAAUGCAUGUAGAUGAUUAUAAAAAAUAUUUCAGCGAGUUCCCAUUGCGAAAGUGUGCGUUAACUUUAUCAGUAGUUACGGGAGAUGAUAUUGCUAUUGUUGGGCAAAUUAAAGGGGAAAUAAAAAUUAAAUUUGGCUCAGGGAGAAAGCAAAAAUUCGAAAAAAUGAGAAUUGUGAUAAUCAGUUGUGCGCAUCGUUUUAUACCACUCUGUGGGCGCGAUUGGAUUAGUAGAAUUUACCCACAGUGGAGAAAUACAUUCAAGUGCAAUGCGAUUAAAGAGAAAGAGAAUAAGAGUACAAUCAUUGUCCGACUACGACGACGAAGUGCUCACCCAGUAGUUUUCUACUAAGCUACACACCCAGAUCAUCGGUUACGAUUGUUGAUGACGACACUAGCACGAACACGGACGAAUCUCAGAAGGUAUCUGGCAAGGAGCCAGUAAAGAGGAAGGACAAGUCAGAAUCCUCCAAGGAGGAAGGAUCAAAGCUUGUAAAAGGGGGAGAAGCAGUACGCAUGAAGCGUAAAGAAAAGGAAACACUUGAAGUGGGACAAAAGGUUUAUUAUUGUUCACCGUUUGGAUGGAGAAUAGGCACAAUUGCCAAGCGUUUGUCUAAAGUGGUUUAUAUAAUCACUAUAAAUGGAAAUCGAAUUAAGGUACACCGCGACCAACUGAAGAAGUACACUCCGAACAUUAAGUCUGGCGAAUCUUCACCAAAUCCUGUAGAAAGAUCAUCGACUACAAGUUCGACACCCUGUUCAACAGGAACCUCAUCACGAAGUCCGAGGAACUCAACAGACGAUGAUGUUUUCUAUAGUCCAGCGGCAUUGUCACACCCAACACCGAGAUUGAUAGAGACACCACGCCGAAGCGGCAGGUUAUUGUCAAGACCGCGAAUCAAUUAUAAAGUGUAAAUUAACUUUUUAAAAAAAUGUAAUAAUUUUUGAAUAAGCGAGGGGAAGUGAUGUGUCCCAACCCAAUCUAUAUAAACGCAUGUAAUUGCAUUCAAUAAACCAGUCUACUCUCAACCCUCAAA